AUGAAGUUUCCAGGGCCUUUGGAAAAUCAGAGAUUGUCUUUCCUUUUGGAAAAGGCAAUCUCUAGGGAAGGUCAGAUGUGGAAGGUAAAUGUGCCGAAAAUGCCUACAAACCAGAAUGUUUCUCCAUCCCAGAGAGAUGAAGUGAUUCAGUGGUUGGCCAAACUCAAGUACCAAUUCAACCUUUAUCCAGAAACAUUUGCUUUGGCUAGCAGUCUUUUGGACAGGUUUUUAGCUACUGUAAAGGCCCAUCCAAAAUACUUGAGUUGCAUUGCAAUCAGCUGUUUUUUCCUAGCUGCCAAGACUGUUGAGGAAGAUGAGAGAAUUCCAGUACUGAAGGUGUUGGCAAGAGACAGUUUCUGUGGAUGUUCUUCAUCUGAAAUUCUGAGAAUGGAGAGAAUUAUUCUGGAUAAGUUGAAUUGGGACCUUCACACAGCCACACCAUUGGAUUUUCUUCACAUUUUCCAUGCCAUUGCAGUGUCAACUAGGCCUCAGUUACUUUUCAGUUUGCCUAAACUGAGCCCAUCUCAACAUUUGGCAGUCCUAACCAAGCAACUACUUCACUGUAUGGCCUGCAACCAACUUCUGCAAUUCAAAGGAUCCAUGCUUGCUCUGGCCAUGGUUAGUUUGGAAAUGGAGAAACUCAUUCCUGAUUGGCUUCCCCUUACAAUUGAAUUGCUUCAAAAAGCACAGAUGGAUAGCUCCCAGUUGAUACACUGUCGGGAGCUUGUGUCACAUCACCUUUCAACUCUGCAGUCUUCCUUGCCUCUAAAUUCCGUUUAUGUCUACCGCCCCCUCAAGCACACCCUGGUGACCUGUGACAAAGGAGUGUUCAGAUUACAUCCCUCCUCUGUCACAGGCCCAGAUUUCUCCAAGGACAACAGCAAACCAGAAGUGCCAGUCAGAGGUACAGCAGCCUUCUAUCAUCAUCUCCCAGCUGCCAGUGGGUGCAAGUAUACCUCUGCCAAACGUAAAGUAGAGGAAAUGGAAGUGGAUGACUUCUAUGAUGGAAUCAAGCGGCUCUAUAAUGAAGAUAAUGCUUCAGAAAAUGUGGGGUCUGUGUGUGGCACUGAUUUAUCAAGGCAGGAGGGACAUGCUUCCCCUUGUCCUCCUCUGCAGCCUGUGUCUGUCAUGUAG